UAACAGCGUAACAAAAAGUUUUUAAUAUUUAGCUGUUUUUCAAAAACUUAAAUUAAUACGAUAUACCAAGGACACUAUGAAGCCAAACGAUUGUCAGGAUUCCGAGGAGCAUAACAACGUUACGGGUGAUGUUAUUGGCGACACGGCAUACAGCGAGCGAUUCGUUUUAAAACUGCUGCUGAAAUUAGCAGAUUUAGAAAAACUGAAGGAUGAAGUUCUUGAAAAAACAUUCGAAGAUGACCUCUGCACGCUGUGGGAUAUGACGGCUGAACGAGAUGUCGUCCUAUUCCUUCUCAAACAUGAUGUACUAAAUCUACUGAGCUUCGCAUGGCCCGUAUUCGAAUCUGCCAGGAUUGUAGAAAUCGUAGUCGGCGUUAUAGCAAAUAUGUGCUGUCAGAAGGAAGCACAAGACGCUCUGCUCAAAAUGGAAACAUUUGUCGCAUUCCUCGUUGAGUACUCCAAAUCGGAUGACAGCUUGGUGAUAAUACAAGUUUUACGACUCAUCAAUUCCAGUUUGUACCUGGCCGAGGACACUCAAACUUUAGCCUGGAUGAGGAUAUUUGUGGGCGCCGGCUACUCCAAUGCUCUGUAUUAUGUAUUAAAAAACUCUUCCAAAAAGGACCUUUUGAUCACUGCCUUAGAAAACUUUAAUACAAUUUGUUCAUGUUGUAACAUAGAUCAAUGUAGAAGAGACUUUUUCGGGCACUUUGUUACGACUGAGGCUCUGGAAUGCCUGUCCACAGCAUUCAGUGAAAUUACCAACAAUCAGAAAUACUUGUGUCAAAAAGAUGAAUUGGAGAGAAUACUGAUAAUAACAUUACAAAUACUAUUGAACUUAGUGGGCUUCGAAAAAACCACAGAAAUAUUCAGUGAAAACAAAGUGAGAAUACUCAAAAUAAUAUCUUACAUUUUCACGUACUAUGAAAAGAAAUUUGUUACUCAAAAGGAGAUAGAUUUGGACUUGGUUGACAUUAUUGAGUCUACGAAGACGAUCAUUACUAUCUUAGGACUGAGUGAAAUCAGCAACUUGGAUACUUUUUUCUUACAGAGUUUCAAUAUGUGGAAAAUUUUGAAGUUUAUCUCGAACACUGACAAAAGCAGCAGCUUAAACUUUGAGGUGGAGGAUAAGGAGGAAUUGCAAAAUUUCUCACAACAAAUGAAAAAUUCACUAAGCAAUUUAAUUGCUGUGUACAUGAAUAAGUGCUCCGAAGACAAUGUUUUGAAAGUAGUUGAUAAAGUUAGUUUAAGACUAGACUAUGAGGAAAUAUUGUGUUCGUUACAAGACCCCUUACUAACUGAAGUUAAAUCUAGGCUUUCACCAUAUCAUGGUAAAUUUGAAAAAACUGAAUCAAUUUCAAGAUAAUUUAAUGCAGUUAGUUUUUGUAAUUAUAUAUUAGUAAGCACAAUCCUUUUGUAUACUAUUAAGUACCUAUAUAAAGAUUUCAAAUUUUGA